CGUCGUCUUCAAAUGCGACGACCUCUUCUAUGGCCAGUAGUACGGGUCAUGCACCAGUGCGUUCAAGCAACCUCCCUCCAGGCGCUUGUUCAACGAGUGGGCGCAGCUCUUUACCUCCCAGCGUUCAGAAUUCUUCAUCCUGGGUCCUUAUGCAGCCUGCAUCGAACACAACACCCAAGAAUCUUCACGCAACACCCAAGAAUCUUCACGAUAAGAAUCUGAACUCCGCAUCAACUGCCAGUCUGACCAAUGUCGACCUGCUAUCAUCGACUCAUCUGCAGGCGUCGUCGUCCUCCUCUUCUCUUUCUGGGCAGCAUAGUAAUCAGCAUAUUAACCACGGACACGGUCCUCCAGGUGGGCCAGGAGGUGACUUUUCGAGCACGAGUCAAAGAUUCGGAGAUCGUCGAAGUGGUACCGAUGUCUUCGACGACGAUGCCACAGGGGAUAAUAGCGCGCCUCUACACAUGAACGCCUUCAACAAGACUGGUGGAGGACCCUACUCACCUAGUGCCUCCAAAAAUCAGCAUAGUGUGCAACAACAACAUCAGCUUCAACAUCUAGGUGGUGGCCAUCAUCAAGGUGUUGUCGGAGGAGGUGGAGGUAGCGCUGGAGGCGGGCCGUCUUCACACCAAAGUUCGACCAUUUCGCAGUCAUCACACUUUAACACUCAGGCAGGAUCAUCAGGAGGUAAUCAUGCGGGGGUGGACCAUAACAUGAACAUGAUGGAUCCCAACGGG